UGGUCAGAUCCACUUCCUGUUUACCGCCUGAUGCACCUUCGGUCCGGACUCGUACACAGAUUGCAACAUCACUAUUCACGGCACCGUUUUCGGCCACAACAACAUAUGCAGCGUUGAGCCCCCGCAGCCGCAGCCUUAUUCUGCAAUUUUAAUCCGUUUACAGCCAUGGCCGCGGCUACCGAGGAGACAUGAAGACGUGACAUUGAGGAAACGUGAGCAGGCCGGGGAGGAUCCUGGGGUUUUCCUGAGUCCGCCUGACCGGAUUUAGCGACUUACCACCGGGGCUGGUUUUACCUUCUGUCUGGAGCUGCGACUAAACGAUGCCAACGUACGGGAAGACUAAACAAGCGUGAAAUUAUCCACAAUAGUUACAAGUUGGUUUUGUGUUUGUACAUAUUAACCUGUGGCCCGAGGGAAGCUGCAGUAGCCUGUUAGCCUGUUGUGCUAACUCCGGCAGCGGCGGCGGUGGCUGGCUGAGCCGCGCGGCUGCAUAACGGCUUGUGUUUCGGAGAGUGGUUCCGUUCGCCGGUGCCCUGAAUUCAAGACGAGUCCCCGGCUCCGGCCCCCUCAAGCGGGCAGUCAGGAAGAAGCUGGCUGGGAAGGGAUGGCCUGGUCGGUCUUCCCGUUCCAUAGGACAAGGCGCAGCGGUGUUUGAAGGAGGUCGAGUUCGGUUACAGGCUACCGCCGCGGGUCAAGGCGCGAUGAUGGCCGCCUUGCCCUCCGCGGCCGGCGGCUUCACGACCUCAGGGCUGUCGGUCAGAAAGAGCGAGGAAAUUGCUGAUUUGAUAGAUUUGUUUUCUAAGAUGCAGUACAGAGCAAAGGAAGUCACUCCUCGGGUGGAGGCAAUAGAGAAACGUUGUCUGGAGUUAUUCGCCAGGGAUUACAAGUACAGUGUCAUCCACAACCCCAGCGGAGAAGUGUGUGGUCAUUAUCCCCGGCAGAUCGUUUUCCUGGAGUAUGAAAGCACGGAGGUUGACAGAGAAAGGUUUGAGAGCACAGUGCAGAUCACUAAACUGCAGGACUUGGUGAACCGGAGUAAGCUGGCCCGCUGCAGAGGGAGGUUCGUUUGUCCGGUCAUCCUCUACAACGGCAAGCAUAUUUGCCGGUCGUCCACACUGGCGGGGUGGGGGGAACUGUACGGACGCACAGGCUACAACUAUAUCUUCUCAGGGGGCAGUGAUGACACAUGGACCGAAUCAGAGGAGGUUCCUGAGGACGACAGUGCAGUCAGGAACGGGGACUCCCAGCUCUUUGAUAAGGUCCGAGGCCACGACAUUAAGCUGCUACGCUACCUCUCGGUUCGCUACAUCUGUGACCUGAUGGUGGAGAACAAGAAGGUUAAGUUUGGCCUAAAUGUGACAUCUUCUGAGAAGGCAGACAAGGCCCAACGCUAUGCAGACUUUACCUUGAUCUCUGUGCCUUAUCCAGGGUGUGAGUUUUUUAAGGAUUACAAAGACAGAGACUACACAGCUGAGGGUCUGGUGUUCAACUGGAAUCAGGAUUAUGUGGACGCUCCUUUGACAAUCCCUGCGUGCUUUACUCAGAACUUGAACAUUGACUGGACACAAUACCAGUCAUGGGACCUGGUGGAGCAGACCCAGAACUACCUGAAGCUGCUGCUCCACAUCAUCAACAGUGAUGAUGAGAGUGGCCUCCUGGUGCACUGCAUAUCAGGCUGGGACCGGACGCCUCUGUUUGUGUCCCUCCUCAGGCUCUCCCUGUGGGCAGACGGCGCGGUGCACUCCAGUCUAGAGCCAGCAGAGAUCCUGUACCUGACCAUCGCCUACGACUGGUUUCUGUUCGGUCACAUGCUGCCAGAUCGACUCUCCAAAGGGGAGGAGAUUUUCUUUUUUUGCUUCAAUUUUUUGAAGCACAUUGUCUCAGAGAAGUUCUCUGCUGUUAGGAAACAGAGAAGGAAGAACUCCCACUUCAAAGACAGUGAUUUCACUGUGGAAGACCUCUGCCAGUUAAAUUCGAGGGAUCGUGGCAGUGUGACGAGUCUGAGCAGCGAGUUCUCCCUCAUCACUGAGGAGGUGGGCGGAGCCUCGAGCCUCACCAACGACACUGUAGACCCGUACUCCAGCCAGCCCCAGGCCUCCAGCUGGAGAAAAGGCACCACCUCUUCUCCUCAGAUGGUGGUGUGGAAUAAACAGAACCCUCUGGAGGAAUGUGCAUCCCAUCAACUGAACGAGGCCAGGUCUUCCAGCUCCUCAUCAUCCAACCAAUCAGAGCAUGGCGUCACACGCACUGGCAGUAGUCCAUUGGCUGUCCCCGGGAGAAGGUUAGCGGUGGACUAUGCGCGGUCCGGCUCCUCUGUUUCCACAGACUACGGCAGUUGGCAGAUAGUUUCGGGUUGCGGCAGCAUCCAUGACCACGCCCACUUCCCUCCUCCUGUGGCCUCGGCCUCCUCCACCUCAUCUGCUGUCGCUGCUGCCUACGACUCCCCACUGCCCUUCAGUUUUCAGGAUGAAGGUCCCAGUGGGCGCAUGUGUCCGUUACCCUCCGAGCGCCAAGCCCGUCUCGAAGCUGUGCGGGAAGUCUUCCUGGCGGCCUACAGCUCCACCGUGGGCCUCAAGUCCACGGCCCCCAGCCCCUCCGGCGCCAUCUCCGGGCUGCUGGAGCAGUUCGCUCGCGGGGUCGGCCUCCGAGGAACCAACGCCAUCGUCUGAAUACCCCCCCUCCUUCCUCAAUGUGACCGCACAUGCCUCUUCUCCUUCUUCCAUCCAUCCAUCCGAGACCAUCGAACCAGUCCGGACUACAAAAAAGUGCCAAACGUCUCUGUUCAGUCCAGGGAUGAAGCAUUAAUUUCCUUUUUUGUUUAUGCUUUAAUUACUUUAUUUCAUAUGUUACCAGUUUGUUUUUCCCUGGACUUUGAACUGUCUGAGUCGUCAGAUUCAGAGUGAAGCUGAUCGAGCCUGAGUAUCAAAAAGGGAAAGUGGGAAAGCUUGUUUUUUUUGCUGCCGGCAGGUAAAUGGUUACAACUGUGGAGUCUGUACCUGUCAGAUUAGAAUUAGAUCUACUUUGCUCUAAUCUAUGGGGUAAGAAUGGUAUCAAAAUAUUCAUGUGCAAAAGACAGAUAUGUGUGCAUAUUAGUCUGUAGAUGUGCAAAAAUAUAAAUCUGUGUAAACUCUUGAAUGAGUUCAGUCAUACAUUAAAUGUAUUGUGUGUAUUUUAUCGGAAUUAGAAUGAAUAAGUUUAGACAAGAAUUACAAACAGGAAAUGCAGCUUUCCAAUUGUGCUUUCGAAUUCACAGUAUUCAUUGGUACCAGGCACAACAAACCCCGCCCCUCGCACGUAUUUCGCCCAUUAUAAGUAAAUGGGAAGAUUAAAAAAAAAAAAAAUUUUUUUUAAUUUAACUUUGACCUACCUUUCCGAAACUAUCUAUAAACCCAAUUUGGUAUGAAUUCAACCAAUAGUUUUUGUUGCUGAAGUGUUGACAAACAAACAAACCGAACCAGAAUCAAUACCCCUUGCCUCCCUUUCGGGUAGGUGGGGUAAAAAUCCAUCCCCACUUCACAGACAUUAUUUCUGGAGCAGAGGAUCCAUGGACUCAUAGACUGACGAUGAGUUCAGGUUCCAGAUCGGGUCCAGAUCAGGCAGGAUCACUGUCCAAGAUGGACGACCAAGUCCGAGAACGAAACCAGGUCCAAUCCAACCAUUAGUCCGAUGUUCUGACCAUGGAGAAGGAACCUGAACUCAUGGUCAGUCUGUGAAUCCUCUGCGCCAGAAAUAAUGUCUGUGAAGUGAGGACGGAUUUAUGACAGCAGAGUCACGUUGGUGAGUUUGUAUUUGUGAUAUCGGAGAAAGAACAAUCGCACAGUUGGAUUUCCUGUUUGUAAUUCUUGUCCAAACUUCAAUUCAUACCAAAUUGGGUUUAUAGAUAGUGUGGGAAAGGUAGGUCAGAGUUCAAUUUUUUAAAAUGUUUUUAAAAAAUCUUCCCAUUUACUUAUAAUGGACAAAAUACAUGCGAGGGGCGGGGCUUGUUGUGCCUGGUACCACUUGUUGACAGUAGAGUCACGUUGGUGAAUUCGAAAGCACAAUUGUACAGUUGUAUUUCCUGUUUUUAAUUCUUGUCUAAACUUAUUCAUUCGUAUUCUGAUAAAAUGCACACAAUUCAUUUAUUUUUAUAGAUUUAUUUUUUGCACAACUAUAAACUAAUAUGAACACAUUUCUAUCUUAGGCACUUGAAUAUUUUGACACCAAACUAACCCUGUAUUGUUUGUUCUUUUUAAUCCCUUAUGGAGUCUCUUGCCGUCCCACACAGGAAGCGAUUUGUUCUGAGUUGAUUUUUUUUUUUUUUUUUUUUGCUGCUAUUCUUUACUCAUCGAAGCAAAACAGUGAAAUUAAGAUUAGAUUGAUGUUGAAACACUUAAUGUGUUUUCGCACAAAUGGCAUCAAGCUUUGUCUUCUAGUGAUUUGGGAAAACUUAAUUAGCUUUCUAUACGUGAGCUGUAGAAAGAAAGGAAACUUUAAAAAAGUGUUUUGUUUUUCAAGUCUACCAUAACACAAUAUUCUAAAAUCGUUAAUAUGAAGCUAAAUGACAGGUGUUGUUUGGUGAUUCCUCUGGAGAGACUACGCUUUAACCCACGACUCCACAAUGUGUGUAUGGAGUAAAAAUGCUGCCGAUAAUGAGCUGAAACUAAUGGGAAGCUUCAGGGUCGGUGUUUGUUUUGGAAAGCGGAAUUAAAAUUAGGAGAAAGGUCAUUUGAUUUUCAAUUUAAUACACAAAAUUUUAUUCGGGGUGUUGGUCUUUUUUGUCAAUAAGUGAUGGACAAAAUUGGAAAAAUAAUGGUUUGACUUUGUAUGUUAUAGAACAAAAACGGAAAGAAAAGCCCCUGUUUUUUUCAUAUAUAUGGAAACCAAAUGUGAUCAUUAAUGAGGCAAGAGGAUGGAGCUGUGGUUUAAGAAAUAGUGAAUGAAUGUGUUUUAUUUUGGACGUACAAAAACACAUAAUGCAACCAACAACAAAAACAAAACAAAGGCCCAAAGCAAAUCAUCAACGUAAAAACAACAUGUGAACACGAGGCGAAAACGUUUAGUUUUGUUGGUUUGACGAAACAGUAUUUGUGCAAAAAUAGUCUAAGUCUAAGAAAAUUAAUUCCCAGAAGAUUUUACCAGUGCCACCAUAUUAGUUAUUUUUAAAGGAUUUUAAACAGUUUUAGUGACAUUCUGCUUUCAUUUAGGAUCUGUUUGACUGUUUUUUUGGGUUUUUUUUAUAUCUACGACAGCACUAGGUCAAUAGGAUUCUGCAUCUGGAUUGUUUUAAGUGAAAUAUGUUUUCGUCUAAGACCAAACACUGAGCCUAUUAGCCCCACCCAUCAUCAACACAUUAGCAUUAAUCGAAGGACUUUGAAGACAGUUCGCACAUGUUUGGGUUUGUUUCGUCAAUAAAACCGAACAGAUUUUGAGCAAACUACCUGUUUUAUAGAGGAGGAACUGACUAGAAGUGGUCGACUGUAAGGCUAGCGCUGCAACCAGAAACUGUCAUCAACAAGGUUUAAGGCUUACAAUUUCAAAAAAAUUAUGACUUUUAUCGCACUAUUGUGAAUUUAUUUUCAAAAUAUUAUGACUUUAAUCUCAUAAAAGUACAGAGACAAACAUUUUUUUUUUUAAAUUGAGUUUUUUUUUAACUACGACUUUAUUCUUAUAUUUCGACUUUAAUCUCAUGUAAGUACAGACAAACACUAUUUUCGUUAAAUUGAGUUUUUUUAAAACUAUGACAUUAUUCUCCUAAUAUUACAACUUUAAUCCCAUUAAAGUACAAACACUAUUUUCAUUAAAUUGAGUUUUUUUCAAACUACGACUUUAUUCUCCUAGUAUUACGACUUUAAUCUUAGUAAAGUACAGACAAACACUAUUUUCGUUAAAUUGAGUUUUUUUUAAAGUACGACAUUAUUCUCCUAAUAUUACGACUGUAAUCACAUAAAAAUACCAAGAUGAAGACAUUAUUUUCAUUAAAUUGAGUUUUUUUUUUUAAACUAUGACUUUAUUCUUCUAGCAUUACAGCUUUAUUCUCGUAGUGACUGUUUUUAUUUUUCCGAUGUGGCGCUAAUUCACUAUCGUAGUUCUCCGUCUGUUAAAGCGUAGUUUCUCCAGAAGCUCCACCUCCGCCUGCCGGUAGGGUCACAUGACCAAACGUCAUUCAACAUACGUAGUGUACAAACCUAAAACAAACUUGAACACAUUAACGUGACUUUUAUGU